AUUUUUCUUUUACUUUUCUCUCUCCCGAAUCAGCCUUCACCCUCCUCUGCAUCAAUCUCCAGCUUCCUCUACCCCCUGCAUAGCCCAGAUCCUCUGCACCGAGCCAUCAUCGCCCCCUCGCAUGCCCUGCACCGCGCCCUACCCCCCUAUCACCGGACUAGCCAUCAUCACACCCUCGCACGCCCUGCACCUACGCCCGAGCCUUGCACCUACGCCCCUGCUCCCUGCUCUGCGCCCAGAUCGUCUGCACUCUGCUGCAGCCUGCACUCUGCUGCACCCGGCCUUGCUUCCUGCACCAGCUUUGCUCUGCACCAGCUCCUGCGCUCUGCACCAGAUCGCCUGCACUCUGCUUGCCCUGCUGCGCCCCACUGCCGGCAAUGAUGCCCCUACACGCCCGAGCCAUCAUCAGCACUCCACGCCCCUGCCUCCCUGCACACCGAGCCUGCACUCUCCCCUCUGCGCGCCUGACCCUGCAAUCACGCCCCUGUUGCUUGCACGCCAGCCACUGCUGCUGCACAGCGCCUGCACUCCUGCUCGCUACAAAAAAAUCAGAUUGAAGGGGAGGUCGGGAUUGAUUUUGGGGGGUUGGAUGGUUGGUUGAUUUUGGGUCUCUUUGUUGGGGAGUUUCGUCUGAGUUUUGAGAGCAAUAGAAGGGGAUUUACUGG